ACGUCUCAAUGAUAUUAAUGAAUGAAUGGGCUGUAAACAAAACAAAAGAAAACAAUACAUCGAUGCGUAAUUAUUAUUUAGAACUUACUUAACAAUAUAAUUUUUAUGACGUAGGUUGUAAACCAACCUGUGAAAUACUUGCCGGGGAUUAAGAUAAUGUAAAAAAGAAGUAUAAUGAUAGUUGGUAGUUAACAAUAGUUAGUUAAUUGAUUGGCCGAAUCAGUGUAUUGUUCGUCUUAUGAUGGUAAUAAUAGCAAUAGUUUUUUUUUUUUUUUUUUCUUUAUUUUUUUUUUUUUGCGUGAUCGUGAGAGGUUCUGGAUUCGGUUCGAUUUAUUUAAUUUGUUUUAUUUUAUUACUAGUGUAGUGGGUAGGUACAUUAUUCCCCCCCCCCCCCCCCAAAAAAAAAUUAAAUAAUAAUUUUUAUAAAUCAACUAAAAUAAACCAGCCGAGAGAAGGUCGUGCCGCGUCUCGCUCCCGCGUGAGCGCGUCUCUGUCUUGCGCCCCACACCUCUCCCCCCCGUCUGUUCAUACCAUUCUACAAAACUCGAAAAUACGAGCCGCGUUUAUCAUUCAUUCCCCGUACGUUGAACGACGCGCGCGCUCAUAUCGUUCGAAUUCUAUUUUGGUUUUUCCUAAAGUUCCGUUUAGAGGAGGCAUCAUGGCUCGUACGAAGCAGACCGCUCGCAAGUCAACCGGUGGUAAAGCACCGCGCAAGCAGCUGGCCACGAAGGCGGCCCGCAAGAGCGCCCCGGCCACCGGCGGCGUCAAGAAACCUCAUCGCUACAGGCCCGGCACCGUGGCCCUCCGUGAGAUCCGUCGCUACCAGAAGAGCACCGAGCUCCUGAUCCGCAAGCUGCCGUUCCAGCGGCUGGUGCGCGAGAUCGCGCAGGACUUCAAGACCGACCUCCGCUUCCAGAGCUCCGCCGUGAUGGCGCUGCAGGAGGCCAGCGAGGCUUACCUAGUGGGGCUCUUCGAAGACACCAACCUGUGCGCGAUCCACGCCAAGCGCGUCACCAUUAUGCCGAAGGACAUUCAGCUCGCGCGCAGGAUCAGAGGCGAACGCGCCUAAGAUGCGCCUCGCAUCAUAGUGCCGUUACCGGUGCGAUCAAACAUUGAUCGAAAAAAAAAAGGCCCUUUUCAGGGCCGCAAA